CCAACCCCCAGCCGCUCCUGUACCCCCUGUCAGCCUCACACACACGUACUGUAGUCACCUAAGGCAUCAAGCGCACACACAAACACACACUAAACCUUAACUACUUAGACUCACACACAUACCUGUCCAUCCUGCCCAUAUCAAGGUGUGUUUGUCUUUCCCUGCCCACCAGUUUAGGUCCUCCCAGAGCAGGUAUUUCCCUUUCUUACCCACAGAAAAACACACACUGGAGUGGGGGAGGGGGUGCGGGUGGGGUGGGGGGGUGUCUAUGGGCCGAGUGUGUAAAGCACUUGCAUUGAUAACCUGCAGCACAGAGUCAGUGGGUCUCACUCUGUGGUCGUCCCCCUCGCCUGGAAGUCCCUUUGCCGUGCUGUGUGUCCUCCUGGCUCAUCUUUCUAGGACCGUCUGCAUUAGGUCGUCGUCCCCGUCCUGCCGCUGUCACCAUGAUGCUUACACCGCCGUUGUUCCUUCUGCUUCUGGGCCUGAUAGGAGCUCAAGCCACUGUGGACACGAGAACAGCCGCCGCCAUGGCGGCAGGUUUGUGCAAAACCCGUCCCACAGACCUGGUGUUCAUCAUCGACAGCAGUCGGAGUGUUCGUCCCUCAGAGUUUGAGCAGGUCAAGGUCUUCCUGGCUAAAGUCAUCGAGGGGUUGGAUGUUGGACCCAACGCCACCCGUGUGGGAGUGGUCAACUAUGCCAGUCGUGUGAAGAACGAGGUGUCGCUUAAAACUCACCGCACCAAAGCCGGGCUGGUUAAAGCUGUGACUAAGAUCGAGCCUCUGUCCACUGGAACAAUGACCGGCCUGUCCAUACAGUUUGCCCUGAACGUGGCCUUCAGUGAAGGCGAGGGUGCUCGUGUCAAAUCCAAUGAUGUCAGCAAGGUCGCCAUUAUUGUCACAGAUGGGCGUCCACAGGACAACGUGAAGGACAUCGCCCAGCGCGCACGCGACGCCGGCAUCGAGAUUUUUGCCAUCGGUGUUGGACGUGUGGACAUGAGCACUCUGAAGCAGAUGGCCAGUGAUCCCCUGGACGACCACGUGGACUACGUGGAGAGCUACAGUGUCAUCGAGAAGCUCACCAAAAAGUUUCAGGAAGCCUUCUGUGUGUCGGACCUGUGUGCCACUGGAGACCACGACUGUGAGCAGGUAUGCAUCAGCAGCCCAGGAUCGUACAAGUGUGCCUGCAAAGAUGGCUUUACCCUCAAGGACGAUGGUCGCAGCUGCAGUGCAUGCAGCAACUCUGUGACAGACGUGGUCUUCCUGAUUGACGGCUCCAAGAGCAUUCGUCCUGAGAACUUUGAGCUGGUCAAGAAGUGGAUCAACCAGAUCAUCGAUAAACUCGACGUUGCCGAAACCAAGGCCCACGUUGGGCUGGUGCAGUACUCCAGCUCAGUCCGACAGGAGUUUCCUCUGGGCCGCUAUAACAACAAGAAAGACCUGAAGGACGCUGUGAAGAAGAUGGCCUACAUGGAACGAGGAACCAUGACUGGUCAGGCCCUUCGCUAUCUGUUGGACAGCAGCUUCAGCAUAGGUCAGGGUGCCCGACCUGGAGUCGCCAAGGUGGGCAUUGUCUUCACUGAUGGCCGCAGCCAAGAUUAUAUCGGAGAUGCUGCAAAAAAGGCAAAGGAACACGGCUUCAGGAUGUAUGCUGUUGGCGUUGGUAAUGCAGUGGAGGAUGAACUGAAAGAGAUCGCCUCUGAGCCGACUGGAGAGCACUACUUCUACACUGCCGACUUCAAGGCCAUGACCCAAAUAUCUAAGAAGCUGCAGAUUAACAUCUGCCAAGAGGACGAUCCAUGUGAAUGUGACUCCCUCGUAAAGUUCCAAAAGAAAGUAGAAGAUGCCCUACAGGCACUAACAAAAAAAUUAGAGAGCAUGUCGAAGAGGAUCGCGAUGCUGGAGAACAAAAUUGUCUAAGGACUCAAAUCCCACUUCUAGCAACACAUAAGAACAUUCAUCUCAUACACACACACACACACACUUUUUACUUCCUGUUGAAUUCUGAAGAGAAAUCCUUGUGUGUGUGCAUGCACCCUGACCUCUGCUUAUAUCCUUCUCUAUCUCCUCCUCCUUUUUUUCAAUCUAACCUCUGCAAACCUUGGGUCUCCUGAGACACAAAGCGCAGGUUGCCAUGGGGACCACGCCUUUGCCCGUGUGUGCACUCCGAAGGUCGUCCUACGUUGCCUGCCUGUGUGUUUGUUAAUAAAACUCUUCCCUCAUAGGGAAACGGUGACAGUACACUGAAGGUUGUUUUUCUUAGUUGCUGCCACAGUAUUUAAUCCUAGAAGUCAUGUUAAACAGAGCAGCAGUUGGUCUUGUCUGCUUAUUGUCACCUUCCCUCUUCACUCUCCACUCUCCUGAAGGUUUCUCCUCUCCUUUCCUCUCUUUCCUUUAUCACAUAAAUCUAUCUGAAAUUAUUAAAGGUAUAUUUUUACAGGUAAAUUAAUAUAAGAUACAUGUCUGUUCAUAAGGGAACAUCAUUGAUGUUUUUUUAUUUUCCUAAAUAAAAGUCAUGCAGGAAGUAAAUAUUAAAUUGUGGAGCGAUUGUAUAUUGGAGACACGUGCACACAGACCAGAAGACUUGCAUUAUGAUUUACAUUGUUGAGUUCAUUUAGCAAAAAGGAAAUGGAAUAAUCAGAAUUUUAUAUAUUAUAAUAAGUAUAGAACUACUAAGUGCAGAAAACCAGGAACAUGUCUCUGAAUACCACAAAAAAAUAUUUAAAUAUUUUAAUAGACUGUGUUUACUAUGAGGAAAUGGUAUUUACAAGGGGUUAAUUGGCACCUUUAGUAAUUGGAGUAAUUUCUUAGGGAUUCAAGAGGUAAUGUUAGCC